AGCUGGCUCUGGUGGCGCGUUCACCUCCCGCUCGUACGCAGUACGCUCCGGACUCUCGCGCAGGCGAGAUUGCGCCAAUCCGCUCGGUCGAUCCGCGGACCACGUGCGCCCACGUACGUUUACACGGGGAACCGGCUGUGUUUUUUGGGGGUGGACCACGUGCUCUCUCACUCUCUCACUCUCUCUUUCUCUCUCUCUCUCUCUCUCUUUCGCUCGAAUACGAGCGAUCCCGUUUUCCCGGUGGGAUGAGGAUCGAGACGAGGUGUGUCGUUAAGAUUCGUUCGUAACGGAGGAGAAGGAUUGUUACAAAGGUGUGAAGAUUACAUCGUACACAGUGAUUGUAAUUAACGAUCCCCGGUUGUGUUAAUUCGACGAAGGAUGGGGACGGAGGUGCGUGCGGUUGUUAAAUACGGCGGGAUGACGAUCUCGAGGAGGAAAUUUGAUCGAGGAACGACGGUAUAAUUCGCGAUGCGGCGGGUAUUAAUCUAGGAUUAAUUUCGAGCCCGCGUACCGUUCCUCUUGCUCGCGAUGAUCAUGGAUCGCGCGGGGAGAGGCGAUACCAGUUUCAACUUUCCAAUCGCGAUGCGAGUGGGAAAAGCGAAGGAUACGACCGGUCGAUAAAAGGAGGCGAGGAAACGAGAGGCGAGAGGAGCGUGGUGUUCUGGCCACAGGCAGAAAGGUGAAUUUUAAUAAAACUGUAACGCUCCUCGCUGCACAGCUCCGCCCAACGUGCCGGUUCCAUUAAAGCGAUCCGCUACCGUGAAUACGGAAUACGAUUUUACCAAGUGGUGGUGGUGGUGGUGGUCGUCGGAAGAAAAACAAAGGAGUUUAGAUCCUCUCCGAUCGUUAGACUAUGAAGAGCGGAAGUGGCGUUGUUCUGGCCGUCGACGUUCGUCCCGAUCGGGAAACGAGUCGAUCGAUAAAAACGAGAAGAAGACGGGAAACGGGAGUGGACGAGUGGCCGGCAAGCGACGCGAAUAUUACGACGCCUCUGAAACUCUGUGGAACGGUUGGUUAACUAGGAGGGACUGUUCCAGAUACGUGACGCACCGGAACGCGUGGUCAAUAGCGAAGAGGCCGGAGAGGAAACGUUUUACCUCGUUCGGUCGGUAAAUAGGGACGUCGAUCAAGCGAUCGGUUCUCACGGUUCGAAAAGCGUCGGGGGAACCGACCGAGAGAUCGAGCGACAAAGAAACGCAAUCUCAUCACCAUCGUUCCACGUUCAUCGUUCCGGGGAAGGCGAGCCCGACCGAUGUCGAAUGAAUUUGGAAUGGUCACGCCAGCCUGAAUCGCGAUACGCGUCCCUCCAUCUCCGUCCACGGACUCGAUAACGAUCCCUUCUGGAGACGGAUCCAUUGAUCCCGUGAUCCGUGGUACAAAUAAGCGGCGGGGAAAGAAGCUAGACGGUGGUUGUCGAGCGAAAAGAAAACGAAGAGAGAGAGAGAGAGAGAGAGAGAGAGAGAGGGAGAGAGGUAAAAAGGCGAGCAAAGCAUAGGGGAGCGAGGAUUGACGGGACACAGAAGAAACUUGGUGGCGGCAGCAAAAAACGUUGGAAGCGACGGAGAUACCAGGUUAAUUAGAUUAUCGAGGGAGCGAGGGGAGCGGCAGGGAUAGGCAACGCGACCAUACAUGGUCCACCGUUUCUACGAAGAGAAGCGGGGGAGCGUCGCGUGGGAGGUCGUGCAGCUUCCACGCUGGUUUUUACGCAGCUUGGAAACGGACAGAUUCGUGUGCUCACCUUGGGGGAACCCACACACACGCGGGCGCGACUAUUAAACAGGCUGGUCGCGCGCCUCGUCCCGUACGCUCUGGUACCGGUCUGUCGAUCUACGAGCGGGAAUCACUUUUCCGAGAAGACCCCUACCUACCAUCCCUGACGAUUCGCGGUACGCUCGAUGAUCGCCGAUCUUCGAGAUUUCGAGAGCGAAGAAACGAGUUCGUCCUCCAGAAUCGCUCCAUCGAUAGAAGAUAGAAGACAGAAGAUAGAAGAUAGAAGAUAGAAAAAGAAAGCCGGACGAAGAAAGGAGGAGAAAGAUAAUUCGAGUUUUCGACGUUUCGAGGAUUCGAGUCGAUCGUGGAAAGUGGAAAGUGGAAAGCCACGCGUCGAGUCGAAUCGCGUGCCAACUUUCAAUCUCGGACGUCGAACGACCACUACGCACGCCAACAUCGCGUUUAAAAGCUACGACCACAUCCUAUAACUCCAGAUUUCCGCGAUUCCAGUGAACCAAUAUGUGUGUGUCGUUCGAUUCUUCUGGCGGAUCAUUAGAGCAGCGCGAAGAAGCGUUAAGAGCGAUGAAAGUGUAGCGGAGCGUGUUAUGCAAAGCAGCGUGAACCAGAAAAGCCUGAUCCCGCUGAUCGAUUCACCGCGAAUUCGAGGCGAUAGCUAGGAGGAGUGAUGCGUCACUUGGGCGCGGAUAUCGAUUUCAUUCCUGUAACGGAUCUGCCAACGAUCGUGUGACGUUUCGAAACCUGAACCUCGCGCAUGCCUGUCGAGAUAGUGCAAGAUAUCGGAAAAUGACGUUAAACGCUUCCUGCUCUCGCGUCGCGUCGUCGUCUCGUUUGGCCCGAAUCUAGGCCGAUUCCAGGCCAAACGGAGGGGACGGGGGACUCGAGCAUAUUCUUUUUUUUUUUUUUUUUUUUUUUUUUCCUUUCUUCUCCACGAAAGAGAUCUGUUUAUCCAUCGAAGAGGAGGAGAUUCCUCGAUCCUUUGGGAGGAUCCCCAAUCGAGGAUCGAAUCGCGCGAAUCAACGUUGGCGGGACAUGGAUAGGCUCGAGAACGUUUCGAGGCUUGGAGGAAGGUGAUCGAAAGUGGAUCAUCGAAAGUGAGGGGCCGGCCGAUCACGCGGGGGUGGACGAAGGGACGAAGUGAAAAUAUGUCGGUCGCGGGAACGAGGAGGCUGUGCAGAGUGGGCCUGAUCGCGGUGCUGGUCACAGCGUUGUGCGUGUUGACUCUGCUCGAUUCGCCGCCACAACUCCCGGAUCCACCGGCGGAUCCUCCUCCCACGCCUGGUGGCGUACCCCCGGGCACAAGAAGCAUCGUGGCUUACUCGUGGGCGCGGAGAUUGGCACUCGAUUACAGACCCUCCAAGGAGUGCGACGGUAAUGGAACGUACGGAACGACGUUAAAUACGUUCAAGUUAGCCGACGAGAAGUGGCUCGAGACAAUCCCUGGACAGCUCUUCCUGUACAGCGCCCACUUGGACCUGAGAGUGGCCGGUUAUCCAAGCCUCAGGGUGAUUGGCGUUAAACGUGGACCUCUGCCGACCUCUGCCCUUUUCUGCACCGUUUGGUACGAAGAGGAGGAUCGAGGCAGAGCCGUGAGCGUGGAGGCACUGGUGUCCACGAUUUGGCUGGAGGAAUGGGGCGAGACGGUGGACAGUUACGCGGGGAUCCUCGUCGGUUGUCAAUUACCACCCGACGCGGCGAUCGAGCCGUCCAAGGUGUACGUAGGCCUGGAGCCCUGCCACCAGAAUGCUAGUCAUAGUUUAGCGAUAAAGAACGAGGACAGCAGGAGCGAAGCUGAGGCGCGACGCCGUCAAUUCACCCUGUGCAUCAAGGGUUUGGACUUCGACGAGGAUAUCUCGAGGAAAAUCGUCGCUUUCGUCGAGCUCCACCGCAUACUUGGCGCCGAACUCUUCUACUUCUACGUGUUCAACGUUCACGAGAACGUGUUGAGGGUGUUGAGGCUGUACGAGCGGUCGAACGUGAUCAGAUGGUUCAAUCUCACGCUUCCCGGUGACCUGCCGAACGAGAGGAUCUCGAGGAGGCGGUUCCUCUCCGAGAAUAUCUGGAUCAAGAGGCGCAUGGAGCUGAUACCGUACAAUCAUUGCUUCUACGACAAUCUUCAUCGAUCCGAAUUCGUGGUGCCCAUCGACAUCGACGAGGCGAUCGUCCCGUCCAGGAGGAAGAGCUGGCACGAGUUGUUGCUCGACGAGAGGAUCAAGCUUGGGAGGGGAUUCAAGGAUUUCGCGUCUUACGCGGUGAGAAACGCAUACUUUUUCCCCGAGCUGCAGACGAGGACGAACAGGAGCGACGACGGUGGCGGGGACAAUUCCACCGAUAUUCUCACCGAUUUCGAUUAUCUGGACACGGUGAGGACGGCCUGCAUCUCGCCUGAGGGCGACUCGGUGAAGAGUUUCGUCUCGACCAGGCGCGCGUUGACGGUGCACAAUCAUUACGCGUUGACCGCGUUGAACCCGUCCACGAGGCGGGCGCACCAUUUCGAUCCGGGCGACGUUUUGAAGCAUCAUCACAGGGCCUGCGACGAGACGCAUUUGGACUGUGACGCUUUGAUGGAGGACGUUAGGAUCGACGAGUCCGCGUUGAGGUACUCGAACGAACUUAAGAGGAGGAUGAGAGUGGUUUUCGCCGAUCUGAGAACAUUCGCGUAGCGUACGAGAAGUUGUGUACAUAAUAAAGGAUGAAUAAGGAUUAAA